ACGCCGUGUCCCCGGGCUUGUCUCACGGCCUCCAGCCGCCGCCGCUGCCGUGUUUACUGAGCUCGCGCGUCCUGAUAUCACUCCGCUGGCAUGGAGGAGGAGGAGGAGGUGGAGGAGCGAGAGGAGGAGGAGGCGGCGGCGGCGAGCAGUUGAUCAUUGUGAUGGUGGCAGCGGCAGCGGCGGCAGCGGCAGCCCAGCCGAGCGUUAGGGGCUGCUCUCCGCGCGGCGUUUUGCAAAGGACUUCACCGAUCUACUUUUGCAGUCGCCUCGAACUGUCCAUGUGUUUACUUCCCCCAGCCCGAGGAUUCGAUAUCUAGGUUCCUGUGAAAUGCAACUGAGCAGCCAAAGUACUUUGAGAACACGGGGCCGCAUAAACACCAAAACUUUUUUGUGGAAGGAAAAUGCGAUAAGCAAGCUUGCCGUUUUCCGAUGCGGUGUGGAGUGAGUGUGUGUCGCGCGUGUCCGCACUGGAGGCACACGCUUGUGUGUGUACAUGGGGUGUGUUUUUCGGUACGUAGGGAGAAAAUGCUUGCCAACCACCGGAAAUCUCCUGGAAUUUAUUAGAAAAUAAUGGAUUAUAAAAAGAAGGCAGGCGAGGAGCGGAUUGCCCCUUGAGUUGCAACCCGAUUUGCUGGUGGCUCAGUUUGUUGUGAUUCUUUUUGUUGAUAGGUGUCUGAUGGUAUUCCGAUAACACCCCCUCUUUUUCCCCCUCGAGCUUCACAGUUUUUUUUAAAGGAAACAAAAACCACCCCAAAAAUCUCUCCCCCUUUUUUUUCGCCCCGUCGGGAUCGCUGUUUCCAUCCAUGUGCUUGCGUCUCCCCCGCGUUCCACUUAAACUAUUUUAAUCCUUGGACCCAAGGAGGAGGCUGAUAGGGGGGGAGUGGAUUUAAAAAAAAAGUUCUUCCAAAAUAGUGUGCCCGGGGAGCAGGAUGGGGGAUUUCGCAGCCCCCGCUGCUGCCGCGAAUGGUAGUAGUAUUUGCAUCAACAGUAGCCUGAACAGCAGCCUCGGCGUGGCCGGGAUCGGUGUGAAUAAUACUCCCAACAGUACGCCCGCUGCUCCGAGUAGCAGCCACCCUGCUGCCGGCGGCUGCGGCGGCUCCGGGGGCCCCGGCGGCAGCUCGGCGGUAGUCCCCAAGCACAGCACGGUGGUCGAGCGGCUCCGCCAGCGCAUCGAGGGCUGCCGGCGACACCACGUCAACUGCGAGAACAGGUAUCAGCAGGCUCAGGUGGAGCAGCUGGAGCUGGACCGCCGGGACACCGUAAGCCUCUACCAGAGGACCCUGGAGCAGAGGGCCAAGAAAUCGGGCGCCAGCACCGGCAAGCAGCAGCACCAGAGCAAACCCCAGCAGGAUGCGGAGGCUGCCUCGGUGGAGCAGAGGAACCACACGCUGAUCAUGCUACAAGAGACUGUGAAAAGGAAGUUGGAAGGAGCCCGAUCACCACUUAAUGGAGACCAGCAGAAUGGUGCUUGCGAUGGGAGUUUCUCUCCAACUAGCAAACGCAUUCGAAAGGAUAUACCCUCGGGGAUGGAAGCCAUCAACAAUUUGCCCAACAACAUGCCACUGCCUUCAGCUUCCCCUCUUCACCAACUCGACCUAAAGCCUUCUUUGCCCUUGCAGAACAGUGGAACUCACACCCCUGGGCUUCUAGAAGAUCUAAGUAAGAAUGGUAGGCUCCCUGAGAUUAAACUUCCUGUCAAUGGAUGUGGUGACUUGGAGGAUAGCUUUGCCAUCUUGCAGAGCAAGGACCUCAAACAGGAGCCUCUGGAUGACGCUGCUUGCAUUGACACAUCAGAAACAUCACUCUCUAAUCAGAACAAGCUGUUCUCGGACAUUAACCUGAACGACCAGGAAUGGCAAGAACUAAUAGAUGAGUUGGCCAACACAGUUCCAGAAGAUGACAUCCAGGACCUGUUCAAUGAAGACUUCGAAGAGAAGAAGGAGCCAGAAUUCUCACAGACCACCAUGGAGCCCCCUCUCUCCCAGGAGAGUGCAAGUGUGAAGAGUGAUCCUUCUCACUCUCCUUUUGCACAUGUCUCUAUGGGGUCACCCCAGACCAGGCCGUCAUCUUCUGGUCCUCCCUUUUCUACUGUCUCCACAGCCACUAGCUUACCUUCUGUGGCUAACACUCCCGCGGCUCCAAACCCCACCAGCUCACCAGCAAACUGUGCUGUCCAGUCCCCUCAAACCCCAAACCAAGCCCACACUCCAGGCCAAGCUCCACCCCGGCCAGGCAAUGGUUAUCUCCUCAACCCAACCUCAGUGACAGUAGCCGGUUCAGGGUCAGGCCCUGUGGCAGUGCCCAGCUCUGACAUGUCCCCAGCAGAGCAGCUCAAACAGAUGGCUGCCCAGCAACAACAGAGGGCCAAACUCAUGCAGCAGAAGCAGCAGCAACAGCAGCAACAGCAGCAACAGCAGCAGCAGCAGCAGCACUCAAAUCAGACUUCGAGCUGGUCUCCCUUGGGGCCUCCGUCUAGCCCAUAUGGAGCAGCUUUUACGGCAGAAAAACCAAAUAGCCCGAUGAUGUACCCCCAAGCCUUUAACAACCAAAACCCUAUAGUCCCUGCAAUGGCAAACAACCUGCAGAAGACGACAAUGAACAACUACCUCCCUCCAAAUCACAUGAAUAUGAUCAAUCAGCAGCCAAAUAACUUGGGUACAAACUCCUUAAACAAGCAGCACAAUAUUCUCACUUACGGCAACACUAAACCUCUGACCCAUUUUAGUGCAGACUUGAGUCAGAGAAUGACGCCUCCUAUGGCCAACCCCAAUAAAAACCCCUUGAUGCCAUACAUCCAGCAGCAGCAGCAACAGCAGCAGCAGCAGCAGCCUCAGCCACAGCAGCAGCAGCCACAGCAGCAGCAGCCACAGCAGCAGCCACCUCCACCGCAGCUCCAGGCUCCCAGGGCACAUCUGAGCGAGGACCAGAAACGCAUGCUUCUCAUGAAGCAGAAAGGAGUGAUGAAUCAGCCAAUGGCUUAUGCUGCACUCCCUGCCCACAGUCAGGAGCAACACUCAGUUGGGCUUCCCCGGACCACAGGCCCUAUGCAGUCCUCUGUGCCCCCAGGCUCAGGCAGCAUGGUCUCUGGAGCCAGCCCUGGGGGUCCUGGCUUUGUAGGCACCCAGCCACAGGCAGCCAUCAUGAAGCAGAUGCUGAUGGAUCAGCGAGCCCAUCUGAUGGAGCAUCAGAAGCAACAGUUCUUGCGGGAGCAGCGGCAGCAGCAACAGCAGCAGCAGAUUCUAGCUGAGCAGCAGUUGCAACAGGCACACCUGCCCAGGCAACACCUCCAGCAACAGCGGACUCCAUACCCAGUGCAGCAGGUCAAUCAGUUUCAAGGUUCACCCCAAGACAUAGCAGCCGUGAGAAACCAGGCAGCCCUCCAGAAUAUGCGAACGUCAAGGCUGAUGGCACAGAAUGCUAGCAUGAUGGGAAUGGGACCCUCCCAGAACCCAGGGGCAAUGACCACAGCAGCAGCCCAGUCAGAGAUGGGACUGGCCCCCUAUAGCACCCCUCCUACCAGCCAGCCAGGAAUGUACAACAUGAGCACAGGAAUGACCCAAAUGUUGCAGCACCCAAACCAAAGUGGCAUGAACAUCCCACACAACCAGGCCCAGGGACCCAGGCAGCCUGCCUCUGGUCAAGGGGUAGGAAUGGUGAGUGGCUUUGGUCAGAGCAUGCUGGUGAACUCAGCCCUUACUCAGCAGCAUCAGCAGCUGAAAGGACCAGUGGGCCAGGCCUUGCCUAGGCCCCAAGGCCCUCCACGGCUUCAGAACAUCAUGGGAACAGUCCAGCAAGGAGCACAGAGCUGGCAACAGAGGAGCUUACAGGGAAUGCCUGGUAGGACUAGUGGAGAAUUAGGACCAUUCAACAACGGUGCCAGCUACCCACUUCAAGCUGGCCAGCCAAGACUGACCAAGCAACACUUCCCACAGGGGCUGAGCCAGUCAGUCAUGGACACUAACACUGGUGCAGUAAGACCCCUCAAUCCAGCUGCUAUGGGCCGGCAGAUGAUGCCACCACUCCCGGGGCAGCAAGGUACCAGCCAGGUGAGACCACUGGUCAUGUCUGGCUUAAGCCAGGGCAUCCCUGGCAUGCCGGCAUUCAGCCAGCCCCCAGCACAGCAGCAGAUAGCAGGUAGCAGCUUUGCUGCAAGCAGCCAGGGCCAGACCUAUGAGAGGAACCCCCCUCAGGACAUGUCAUACAAUUAUAGUAGUGAGGGUACUGGGGCUUCCUUCCCUGGCCUCCCGGAUAGUGCAGAUCUUGUGGACUCCAUCAUCAAAGGUGGCCCAGGGGAUGAGUGGAUGCAAGAGCUUGACGAACUGUUUGGUAACCCCUAGUUAAGAGGGGCCCAAGAGCUACAACAGUAGUGGUGAAAGCUUCCCAAGUGAAAAAAGAAACAGGAUGCCGACCCAUCUUGUUUUUUUGUUUUUUUGACCCAUGUAAACUGAGAAAACUACAGCUGGCUGACAGUGGAAGAUCCAGGUGUCAAUUCCCAGCCCCAUGGGGCCUCAUUCCAUCUGAUUUCCACACAGUAAUCAAGAGGAGAUGCCAUGCAGAUCCCUGCUUGCAGAGAAGGGACAUAGAGGGCAGGUGGGAAAGUCGAAGCAGCCGGAGUUCUCUGCUCAGCACCCCUGGGAUCGCCUGGUCCAGCGAGAGCUGUUCCAGCCCAAAGGGACUGUGGCCCAAGAUGAGGUUCCCUUGGGCACUCCUGCCUCAGGUCCGGAGACCUCGGCUUUGGAGACAAGAGAUGGAGCCUCAGCCAGGGAGAGCCUGUCAGAGGAUGAGAGGCACACAGGCCAUGUGCACAAGUCAGAGAUGCUCUGAACUCUGGGUGGAAAGAGAUUAAGCGUCCACGUUCCUGGAUUUGGAGACAGGCACAAAGAAGAGUGAGCUGGUCUGAGCUGGUCCCAGAGAGACAAGCAAGGAUCCUUCAGGCCUGUCUGUCUCCCACCCUACAAUGACCCUCAGGAAUGGCAAGGCAUUGCUGCCAGCCCCCUCACCAAGACAGCCGACUAUGCUUGAGAAGAUCCCAGCCAGUAGUCCUUGGGGACAUCUUCUGCCAGCAGCCACAGUGGCCAUCACUUCAGGUUGCCUCCUGAAGUCCCCAUCUGAUUUGACACAUCUAGCUGGUUUUCAUCUGCUUAUGGCCAUAGGAUAGAAGGAUUCUGUGUCUGCCAACGAGGCCACCUUCCUCCCCAUAUCACUGCCUUUAUUACUCCUGGCCUCCACCCUAGCCUGCCUUUCUUCUCUUUAUGGACUAUCCAGAAAGUAAAGCUUUGGGGCAGGGUCAAAAUGAAUGCAAGAAGAGUUUAGACAGUCACUGACACACAAAGGCAACACUGGAGUCUCCUUUCUCUUCUUGGAACAGAAUGAGCUGCACUGAUGUUUAGGUGCAGUUUUAUAAGAACCAUGCCCAUACUUCUGAUACUACCAGGAAAUGGCCUAGAGAACCCCAGUUCUUCCAGACAAUGCCAGGGAUGACUCCAAAAUCAGCCUUGCACAUCAUCCCCAUCAUCAGAAAGAUGACUAUAAACUCCUAGAGAUAGAAAAGCAGAAAGGUCAAUAGCUCCACCCUACAAAUUUGGAUACUGAAAGGAGGAAGAUGUGGUACCUUCCUAAGGUAGACUACUUCGAAAGUUCUGCACAGUGGUUUUCUUUGUAACUCACUCAGCACCUGUCCUACCUGAAGUCUGUCAGAAGGAAUCAGCAGCCUCUACUGUCACAAGCUUUGCCUCUUGGUCUUUGCCUUUCCUCCCAGAGUCUCAUCUUGGAGGACAUAGAGCCAAGCAAGGUAGCACACACUCUUAAUUCCAGCAUCCAGGAGGCAGAGACAGGCAGAUCUCUGUGAGUUCGAGGACAGCCUGGUGCACAUAGCAAGUUCCAGGCUAGACAAGGCUACACAGUGAGACCCUGCCUCAAACACGUGCACACACACACACACACACACCGGAGGUCAUGUGGCACUUGUUCAUAGUGUCUUCUUUCCUCCUGAAUAUACAUACAAUGGCUUCCUUCUGCACACUCACAUUCAGCACGGGAGAUCAGUGUUGGGGCUACAGUGGCUGUAUCCAGAGAAGCAAGUCCAGAGAAAGUGCAUUCCAGCAGAAAGCAGGGCAAAGGGUUAUGGAGGGGAAGUAUUGCCCUUGACUUUUUCUCCAUAUGCCAAGGGUUUGAGACCUGCUCAGCAAGGACAGGAAGUAAAGUCAGAGGUACCAGGUUGAUGGGCUGCAUGCCUCUCCGAAGAGGUGGUGGCAGGUGACUGUAAACUCCCAGAAUGGGGAGGUAUUGCCACCAGGGAAACGGUGUGGAAACAUGUGAAAACCAAAAAAAAAAAAAAAAAAAAAGUAAAG